AAAGAAUGCCUUCACUGUAAAAAAAAAAAAAAAAAGAGAAAGAGAAAGAGCGAGAGAGAGAGAGACAUACACACACUGGGACGGAGAGAGUUCAGAGAGAGCUAUAGAGCUAUAGAGAGUGGGUGAGAGAGCGAGAGAGAGAGAGAGAGAGAGAGAGUGAGGGAAGCGAAGUAAGUGGAGAGGGUUGCCGCUGCGCACAAACAGAGAUUUGAUCUGUGAGUUCGGUGCUAGUCCGCUUGCACUAAGCUACCUACUGCAAACAAGGCUGCGUCUAAACAUAUACCUCUGCAACUUGUUGAAUCGGCUUAAUAAUAGAAACUUUGUCAGGGAAAAGUUGAGGAACUUUUGAGUGGGACUGGAUACGACCUUGGACUUAUUGAUGACAACAUUCAAGUGAAACAUUAUUUUUUGAAUGUAUGUUUUGAACAAUUUUGUUUUAUUUAUUAUAUGGGCAAAUUCACCUUAAUGUGAAUCCCUGCCAAAUAAUCGCAUUUGAAUAGACUGAAAAUAACAUCUACAUAGGGGGAACAGCAUAUUUUUAAAAUACAUUUUUAUUUAUUUUUUCCAGGUGAACGAAGGUAACGAAGAAAACUGUGGAUUAAACAAAGCAGGAAUUAGGACAGAUUUUUUUCUUACUUGAUUUGAAUCGGUUCACUCCGGUGUAUAUGAACGUUUGCUAAAAAGCUAUGGAAGUAUCCGCGGACCAACCCCGAUGGAUGAGCCAUCACCACCCAUCGGUGCUAAACGAACAGCAUCCCGGCUCGCACCACCCGGGCCUCGGCCACUCGUACAUGGACCCCUCGCAGUAUCCCCUCGCCGACGAUGUGGAUGUACUGUUUAAUAUCGACUCACAGGGCAACCACGUAUCUCCAUACUAUGGGAACUCAGUCAGAGCCGUCCAGAGGUAUCCACCUCCUCCACAUAACUAUCAUACUUCACCACACAACCGUGUCCAUUUUAUGGCAGGUAGUCAGGUGUGUCGCCCCUCUCUACUGCACGGCUCUCUGCCGUGGCUGGACGGAAGCAAAGCGAUGCAGCACCACAGCACUUCCCCGUGGAACCUGAGUCCUUUCCAGAAGAGCUCACUUCACCACGGUUCCCCGGCAGGUCUCUCUGUCUACCCCCCGGCGUCCUCCUCCUCCCUGUCCGGGGGCCACUCCAGCCCACACCUCUUCACCUUUCCCCCCACUCCUCCGAAAGACGUGUCCCCGGACCCAGGCAUCUCCACUCCGGGCUCAAGCAGCAACAGUCGCCAACAGGAGGAGAAAGAGUGCAUAAAGUACCAGGUGUCCCUGGCCGAGAGCAUGAAACUGGAGUCUCACAGCCGGAGCAUGGCAUCAAUCGGAGCGCAAUCCUCCGCACACCAUCAUCACCCCAUCGCCACAUACCCAUCCUAUGUCCCCGAAUACGGCCCAGGCCUCUUCCCACCAAGUAGCCUGAUAGGUGGGUCAUCUUCUAGUUAUGGUUCCAAAACAAGACCAAAAACAAGGUCAUGUUCAGAAGGUAGAGAGUGCGUUAACUGUGGAGCAACGUCGACCCCGCUCUGGAGGCGGGAUGGCACUGGUCACUAUUUGUGUAACGCCUGCGGACUCUAUCACAAGAUGAACGGGCAGAAUCGGCCCCUCAUCAAACCCAAGCGACGACUGUCUGCAGCAAGACGCGCAGGAACAUCAUGUGCAAACUGUCAAACGAGCACGACAACACUGUGGCGAAGAAACGCCAACGGGGACCCCGUGUGUAACGCUUGCGGUCUAUACUACAAACUGCACAAUAUCAACCGACCUCUCACUAUGAAGAAGGAGGGCAUUCAGACCAGGAACAGGAAGAUGUCCAGCAAGUCGAAGAAGAGCAAAAAGUCCCACGACAGCAUGGACGACUUCUCCAAGAGCCUGAUGGAGAAGAGCAGCUCGUUCAGCCCCGCCGCUCUGUCCCGUCACAUGUCCUCCUUCCCCCCCUUCUCACACUCCGGCCACAUGCUGUCCACCCCCACGCCCAUGCACCCCUCCUCCUUCGCCCCUCACCCCCACUCCAGUAUGGUCUCUGCCAUGGGCUAGAAGACCCCAACGGUACCACCCACCUCCCAGAACCCCUCAACCAACCCCCUCCCCCAUCCUCUUACUCCCAGUUCUUUUUCGCUUACCUGAAUCCCAAGCUGAAAGACAACCAAACUGCUCCUUGCUGCCCGUAACCAACCGCUCUGCUCCAUCACCAAGCCGCCUAUGAUCUGACCUCAUUGUGAGGGAGACAGGCUUUAUGGGUCCUUGCUUUUGUUCAGUUGUUUCUUUUUUAAUCUUUAUCAAGUGUAUCUACUGGGAUCCUCAAAGCCUGGCAGACUGACUCACUGACUGUGGUUUUCCGACUCCUCGGAAGACCACAUUGUUGUUCUCCGACCCAACCUGGGAGAAAAGAUCCUGAAGCUUCACCCACUCCCUGACUGUCCUCCCAGCUGAUAACCCCCAAUCUGGAAACCCAUUUGUGUUCAAACAUUUUUCAUGGGAAAAGCAAAGAUUAUUAACAAUCAUUACAAAAGCUACAACUUUUAUGAUGCCCCCCUCCCCUUCCCACCCGACUUCACACACCUGUAUGACAGGACCCCCCCACCCCUGAGCCGUGAGAAGAAGAGAGGAGAUUAACUUUGAAUAUAUUUGUACAAAUUGUAUGAAAUACAGUACAUUUAACGAAGACUUUUUAAUUAAGUAAAAUGCCCCUGGGCAGCUAACGACAGAAGGGUACGAGUCAAGGCAAGAAGAGACACUGCCGCUGGAGAGUAGAGGAAGAGAGGACGCCUCUGCUUCCUGGAGAGAGGGAUGAGAGGGAGGAGAGGAAAGAACAGAGAAAAGGACAGGCCUUCACUUUCGCCUGCUGGAGAACAUGUUUGAUGCAUUAAGCUUCUAGAGAGUCUAUUGUUCUGACUGCAGGCGUCUCUUUUUUGGAUGUGCUAUAGGUCUCGGGCUGUUGGUUUGUGUUCACAUGCUAGCACAUACACACACAUAUUCACACAUCAUACUUUCACAUACACACACAAACACACACUGCCACAUUGGAUCACCUGAAAGACUUUCUUCCGGCCCACAGAUUAUAUGCAUUGUGAAAAAAGUUCCUGUAUUUGUUAUUUGUAUGUAUAAUUCAGAGUACCAAAAAUACGAAAGAAACAAAGAUGUAGAAUUAUUUCUUUAUGUUAUGCAGACUGAAUGGUUGUAAAAAUUUAAUAAUAAUCACUAGUGUAAAAAAUGACUGCUUUUUUGUUUCGUAAUUAUUAUUAUUUUCUUUGAAAAGAAUAAACUAGUUUAAUCUCUGUUGACAUGUUA